AAAGUGCGCGCCCAGUAUACUCCAGAGCGGAGAAGCGAGAGAGGUCUGUCGAUAUACCCGUAGUUUGUUUCUGCUCUUCACUUCAGAUCACUUACCGUAGCUAAGCUAUAUCUAGACCUCACGAAGGAGCAAGGACACAAAAGAGGAGAUAUCCGUUCGUGACCUGAACCGAGCCCGGCCAUGGACGAACAGGCAGGGCCCGGAGUUUUCUUCAACAACAAUAACUCGAUCUUAGCCGGUGUGGGGAAGGUACUGCUGCCGGAGGGGGAUGUAGGGGAGGCGGCGAGGGCUCCUUACAGUAUCCCGGGGAUCCUACACUUCCUGCAACACGAAUGGGCUCACUUCGAGGUGGAGAGGGCUCAAUGGGAGGUGGAGCGCGCCGAAUUGCAGGCUCAGAUUGCGUUCCUCCAGGGAGAGAGAAAAGGACAGGAGAACCUGAAGAAGGACCUGGUUAGGAGAAUCAAGAUGCUGGAAUACGCUCUCAAACAGGAGAGUGUGGAACUUCAUGUCACGGUGUGUUGA